AUGCGCACUUUUCUUCAGUUUCAUAUCAAAAUUUCGCUGGUUUUACUUAUUUUGCAAAUUUUUCCAACAAAUGCGCGCAUAAAAAUGCGAGUAAAUGGUCGGAAAAGUGGGGGUGAACGUGAACGUUUGGGUGGAUGUUAUAAAAAAACUGAUCAAGUUUAUGAGAGAAGGACAUAUAGACGUUUUUAUGAAUUAGAUGAUUUUUCGACUGAAAAACUUCCUUUGGAAUGGGAUUGGAGAAACAUAAAUGGCACAAACUAUGUUAGUGUAGACCGCAAUCAACAUAUUCCCCAGUAUUGUGGAUCAUGUUGGGCGUUUGGAUCAACGAGUGCUCUAGCUGAUCGUUUCAAUAUCAAGAGAAAAAAUGCUUUUCCACAAGCUUAUCUUUCUGUCCAAGAGGUCAUUGAUUGUGCAGGUGCAGGAAGUUGCGAAGGUGGAGAACCAGGAGGAGUAUAUGAAUAUGCUUAUAAGCAUGGUAUUGUGCACGAAACAUGUAACAACUACCAAGCUCGAGAUGGAAAAUGCACUCCAUACAACCGAUGUGGUUCAUGUUGGCCUGGAUCAUGUUUCUCGAUUUCAAACUAUACACUUUAUAAAGUUCAUGAUUAUGGACGAGUUAGUGGUAGAGAUCGAAUGAAAGCCGAAAUAUAUAAAAAUGGACCGAUUGCAUGUGGUAUAGUUGCUACCAAGUUAUUUGAAGAUUAUUCAGGCGGCAUUUACAAGGAAGAAACAUCCGAAUCUAUUGACCAUAUCGUAUCAGUUGUUGGUUGGGGUUAUGAUCAUAAAGUUGGCAUGCCUUACUGGAUCGCUCGUAAUAGCUGGGGACAGCCAUGGGGAGAGUCAGGAUGGUUCCGAAUUGUUACAUCGGAAUAUAAGGAUGCUGGGUCGAACUAUAAUUUGAAGAUUGAGGAAGACUGUGUUUGGGCUGAUCCAUUUGUUCUUUAA